UCGUUGCAACUUGAGAUCAAUCUUUUCUCCAAUCUCGUGCCUGUUACGAGUCCAGUCUGUGUUGACAGAAAAAUCCUGCCAAAAGUCGGCCGAAGGCAAGGUAGAGUGGCGUAUGCAUUAUAGGAGAAGGUCAACAUGCAGUUGAUAUCAUUGAAUAUUGCAGUCUUUGUGUCAUUGUUGCUCCAUGGCCUGCCGCUGUCAAGUGCAACCAAGCAAAGCUCAAAGCCACACAUCAUAUUUAUUGUCGCUGAUGAUUUGGGAUGGGAUGAUGUGAGUUUUCAUGGCUCAGAGCAGAUCCCAACACCAAACCUGGAUGGACUAGCCAACAGUGGGAUAAUUCUCAAUAAUUAUUAUGUUCAACACAUAUGUACACCGACAAGAAGUGCUAUAAUGACAGGCCGAUAUCCCAUCCAUACAGGUAUGCAACACAGUGUUAUUCAAGCUUCCCAACCCUAUGGACUUGGGUUGAAUGAGACUCUUUUGCCACAAUACUUAAAACAGCUUGGAUAUGCUACACAUGCAGUUGGGAAGUGGCAUCUUGGUUUCUUCAAAACAGAAUACACUCCUACAAAACGAGGAUUUGACUCUUUUUUUGGUUACUGGUGUGGAAAGGAGGAUUACUGGGACCAUUCAAACAAAGAAGUAUUCGGUUGGGGAUUGGACCUUCGUGAUAACCUGGAGCCUGCCUUUACUGACUGGGGCAAUUACAGUACCGAUCUCUUCACAGCGAAAGCCAUCGAUGUUAUUCAGAAGCAUGACCCUUCUCAGCCUUUGUUUUUGUAUCUUCCAUACCAAGCUGUUCACAGUGCGAAUUAUAUUCAGCCACUGCAAGCGCCACCAUCUGAAAUCAAGAAAUUUUCCAACAUCGAGGACGUAAACAGGAGAAUUUUUGCUGCAAUGGUGUCAACCCUCGAUCAGGGUGUUGGAAAGGUCAUUAAUGCACUCCAAAGCCAGGGAUUGUACAACAAUUCAGUGAUCGUAUUUACAACGGAUAAUGGCGGUCCGGCGGCAGGUUUUGACUUGAACUCCGCCUGUAACUUUCCUCUCAGAGGAGUUAAGGCAACAUUAUGGGAAGGAGGUGUUCGUGGCGCCGGUUUCGUACACAGUCCUCUACUGUCCACAAAAGGCCGAGUGAGCAUGGAAAUGAUGCACGUCACUGACUGGCUCCCCACACUGUAUAGUUUAGCAGGAGGUGACAUUCAUGAUUUGGGUGUUGUGGAUGGCUUCGAUAUGUGGGAAACACUUUCCAAUGCAACUGAAUCACCUCGCAAGGAAAUUCUUCACAAUAUAGAUCCUAUGAGUGGAUAUUCAGCCUUGAGGUUUGGUGACUGGAAACUUAUUGUGAAUGCAAGUACGAGAAGUAAAUCGUGGAGUGGAUGGUAUGCUCCCCCCGGACUAGACAACUACAAUCAUGCAAUCCGAGGUGCGACAUUGAAGAAAGCUGUCGUCACUUGCGGUAAGCCACCCAGUUCUCCGUCGGAGUGCACAAGGGAGUCGGGCCCUUGUUUGUUUAACGUUGCAGAUGAUCCUUGUGAAUAUGUCGAUCUUGCUAAAAAUGAGUCGGAACUGGUAGAAAGUAUGUUGAAGCGGCUCGAAGGAUUUAAAGAGACUAUGGUCCCACCAAGAAAUCAACCGCUUGACCCUAAAGCAAAUCCUAACAACUUCGGUGGAGUUUGGAGUCCUUGGAUGGAUUGAGGGUUGAUUGAUGUAGAAGAGGAGGAACGUAGGUUUGGGGGAAGUUGGUGUAAAUUCUCUCCACUCCCUUUGUUUCCUUACUGAGAGUGUUUAGGCCACACUGAACUAAAAUUUAUUUUUGUAAUAUUUUCAUCAGUAACCAGCCAAUCAUGUUAUUGCAGGAGUGAUCUGUAUGUGGAUUCCCUUUGAAAUUUUAAUAUACUGUAACUUCAAAUGAGUCUUAAUUAAGGAGCAUGAAACUUACCAACUGCAGGGAACAUUGCCUUUUCUCAGAAAUACACGUGUCUGGCCAUUACGUGUAAAAAUCACCUCCAUUGUUUAAGGUUCUAAGGGUUGAUUUUAUGCAACAAUGAGAACGUCAAACAGAAGGGAUGACGUAAAAUUUUAUUUUUUAAAAAGUAAAAAAGUAUGGAUGAUUAAAACUAGAAUCAUGGGCUGAAAGGUACCGCUCGGAUUUAAAAAUCUUCUAAACACUUGAGUACUCUGUACAAUACAAUGAAACCUGUAUUAAGCGGACCGCUGUUGUAACUUGUUGUGUCUUUGUUAAUUCUGGAUAAACUAGAAGGGUUUUUUUGCCUUCUUUUAAACGAUAUUUUCGUUAGAAUCUUA